AUGGCUGCUAUGGCGACGCUUCAAACAUUAGUGGAGGUUCCACGUGCUGAUCACUCAAAUUGUCGUCGUGUAGUCCUAGUGCGCAACCUGUUGGCUCUCGCGCAACACGCGGGAGUCCCAUUCCCACCAAGACUUCUUGACAGCCGCAAGUUCAUUAGCAGUUUUUAUACAGCGGGACCACUUCGCGCGGAGCAGACCGGAAGUAGAACGAGCGGCCAGCGACGUCGAACAUUCACGAUGUCCAAGCACUCAUGGCGGUGGAACCACUGGAAACACGAUGACGAUACGCCAGCCGCUUGA